GGAGGGGUGGAGUUUAGAGGAAGCGGAAGUGUCAGCGCAAGCGGAAGUGGUACUGCCCUGAAUACCCCGAGCAGCGAAACGGAGGACAGCUUGAUACUCCCAUCGUUAACAGACACAAAUCAGGACUCGAAAUAUAUUUCAAUUUGCAUCAUGGACAAGAGUGACCUAGUGCAAAAGGCAAAGCUCGCUGAGCAGGCCGAGCGCUAUGAUGACAUGGCUGCUUCCAUGAAGGCCGUCACGGAGGGCGGCGUUGAGCUUUCCAACGAAGAGCGCAACCUGCUCUCCGUGGCUUACAAGAACGUGGUGGGCGCCCGCCGCUCGUCCUGGCGCGUGAUCUCCAGCAUCGAGCAGAAAACAGAGGGCAAUGAGAAGAAACAGCAGAUGGCACGUGAAUACCGUGAGAAGAUCGAGGCCGAGCUUCAGGAGAUCUGCAACGACGUGCUGGGUCUCCUGGAGAAGUACCUCAUUCCCAACGCUAGCCAGGCAGAGAGCAAAGUCUUCUACCUGAAAAUGAAAGGAGACUACUACAGAUACCUGUCCGAGGUGGCAUCUGGAGAAGCAAAGAAAACCACAGUGGACAACUCUCAGAAGGCUUACCAGGAUGCAUUUGAGAUCAGCAAAAGGGAAAUGCAGCCAACACACCCCAUCAGGCUGGGACUAGCACUGAACUUCUCCGUGUUUUACUAUGAAAUCCUCAACACCCCAGAGCAGGCCUGCAGUUUGGCAAAGACGGCUUUUGAUGAGGCAAUUGCUGAGCUGGACACCUUAAACGAGGACUCUUACAAAGACAGCACCCUGAUCAUGCAGUUACUAAGGGACAACCUCACUCUGUGGACAUCAGAAAACCAGGGUGAUGAGGCAGAUGCUGGCGAGGGCGAGAACUAAAGGCGUUGCACUUCACUGUUAAAUCCACCUACACUCUUUAUCUUACACAUAUACAGCCCAUAAUUCCCUGCUCCAUCCAAUCCACCUCACCUUUAUCCACCUUUCUGUAUGACGAGCAGCAUGAAUUGUACCUGACCUACAAGGUUGUGCCCCUGAAACCACGAGCGGCAGGGAAAAGUUUGGUUUUUCCAAGGCUGACUUGUCUCAAACAUGUCUGAUUGUGUAUUUUCCCCCAGACGAGGGAAAAUGGUUGAAUAGUGGAAACGAUUUCCAUCUUUUUUUUCCCUUCCGAAAAUCCCUCCUUC